AUGAUUCCGCCAUUUGAUUAUUUUUCCUACCGCCGCGCUCGGAGCGUCAAGCAGCAAGAACGAGCUGCGCGAUUCGCUUCUUUGUCCCCUCACUACCAUGCCGCAUUUACACAAACAGACAGAACUCUCGUAAAUAAGCCAAUCGAAGAGCUGGUCCAGGAGGUCCAGGGCGGCUCUCUCUCCGCAACCGAUGUCCUUAAGACGUAUGGCAAGAUUGCCGUGAAAGCACAAGAGAAGACAAACUGUGUCACAGAACUUUUGCUCCCAGAGGCCGAGGCCUGGGCCCAGAACGAGGCAAACCUCAAGGGCCCAUUAGCCGGCGUACCAAUCUCAUUGAAGGACUCGAUCCAGGUUAAAGGUUUUGACACCACGCUAGGCUACUCCCGUUUGGCAGGGAAACCAUAUGCGGAUGACGGGCCGCUUGUGAAACUUUUGAAGGAUGCAGGUGCGGUACCUUAUGCGAAGACCGCCCUUCCUGUCACGCUUCUGUCCUUCGAGUCAGCCAACCCUGUCUGGGGAACUUGCCUUAACCCUCACGUCCCACAGUACUCCCCUGGGGGUUCAACAGGCGGAGAAGGUGCCUUGCUCGCCCUCGGUGGUCGGAUUGGCAUUGGUUCGGAUGUCGCAGGCUCUGUACGUGUUCCUGCUGCUUGGAGUGGAAUUUACUCCCUCCGUUGCAGCACUGGUCGAUGGCCGAAGAAUGGCGUCAAUACCAGUAUGGCGGGCCAGGAAGGAGUAGCAAGUGUUUUUAGCCCUAUGGCCCGCACACUAAAUGAUCUAACGUACUUUUCGCGAUCUAUCAUUAAUAUGAAGCCGUGGAAAUAUGAUUACACGGUCCAUCCUAUCGCCUGGCGAGGUGAAGAGGAGAGUGACGCAAAGAGUAAAAGGUUGAGGGUUGGGCUGAUGGCAUAUGAUGGCGUUAUACCCGCAACACCGGCUAUCCAGCGCGCCGUCGCGACCACCGCUGCAGCACUCUCCGCUGCAGGUCACGAAGUCGUGGAGAUCACCCCUCCAUCAACCGCAGAUCCUUUUACUGGCCUCCACCUUGCUUCCCAACUGCUGAAUGCGGACGGCUGUGAGACCUUCAACUCGCACUUUUACAGUUUUGAGCCCUCCGAUCCUGGCGCCGCCCAGCUCUCAUUGAUCGCCAACCUGCCUCGUCCUUUGCGAUACCUCUACUAUCUGUAUGUGCGGUAUAUCCGACGUGACGAAAAAUGGGCGGCAUUGAUCCGAACCUUGGGCCCCAAGAGUGCAGCCCACCAAUGGAAGCUUGUCGCCCGGCGUGAGGCUUUCCGCUCAACCUGGCACGCAUGGUGGGACGAGGAGUCACAGCAGUACGACUUCAUUCUGUGUCCAGUGAAUGCAACGCCGGCGCUCCCACAUCGGGCGAUGAAAGACGCCGUCUCAUCCUGCGGGUACACUUUCCUCUGGAAUCUGCUUGACUAUAGUGCUGGCGUGCUGCCGGUGUCGCAUGUCGAUCCCAAGAAGGACGCUCUUGCGGCUCCAUACAAGACGGUGUUGAAACAGCUGGGUGCCAACCACGCCCUCUCACGGGGUGCGUGGAAGCACUAUGAUGCGAGCAAGAUGGCGGGGCUCCCGACAGCAGUGCAAGUCGUUGGCAGGAGAUGGGAGGAAGAGAAGGUUCUUGGAUACAUGGCGGCGGUAGAGGGCGCGCUGGAACAGUUCCACGACCCGAUUACCGGUGAAGGAGGCAAGUAUCCGCUGAUCGAGCUUGAUUGA